AAAGUAAAAAUCGGUUCAGACGAAAUUGCAAUAAUAAUAGUAGGCAAAAGAAUUUGUUAUCAAAUUAUCGGUUUUUUAAACGAAGAUUCAUGUAUAUUUUUGUAUAAAAUAUAGACGAUAGGCUGUGCGUUGGUUUCUACAAAUAACAAUAAGACGAAAUCGAAACUGUUCGAAUGUGUUCACCGGAGAUUCGAAGGAAAACCGUUCUAUAUUCGUUCGAGUUGCGUGUGCUCGUCAAAAAUAAGUUUCAGUGGCUCCGUCGGACCGAAAGUACCGCGAAUCGCGAUGAAACCCGUAUAAACGUUGGUAUAAGUAACGGGCAGUAGUGAAUUUUCACCCGUCUAGCGAGCAGAUGUUUUAUGUCAGAAUGGGAAAUCGAUGAAUUGGUGCACUGACCCACGGUCGUCUAUAGUCGCCCCGAUCAGAGAGUCUCCGGACGCGGAAUCGAUCUUUCAGCGUAAAAAAUUUUGCUUUGGAAAACAGAUUCUUCUGCGUCCGAGUCCGCGUCCGCGGCAUUAUCGCAAUCGCGGCUGCUAUGUCUGUAGGUACAGAAUUUUUUACCGGCGUAAAUUGUCUUCUCGCUCUUUCUCUUUGUCUCUGUCCCUGCUUCCACCUCUGUUUCCUUAUCUCUCAUUUUGAACGGUUAUUUUUUUAUCGUCGAGGGCACGAUAUCACACACGCAGGUUCUCGGAAGCAGCGUUGCCCGUGUAACUUGCACAAUCUCGUCCGAGAACGUCAUUACUCAUCAUCGCGACAGCUGGCCACGAUGGACGGACAGAAUACAUGGAGUGCAUACCAAGAAACCAUGGUUAAGGCGUACGGGGGUGUGUUGAUCUUGACAGACGUUCUGCUGUUACUCGUAAAGAUUCUUUAUUUCAUAGGCGAAGGAAUAUACAGGCUAUUCGUACCGGCUGAAGAGAAGAAUGUGGCCGGGGAAAUUGUCCUGAUUACAGGAGCGGGUCACGGUAUCGGCAAAGAAUUGGCCCUAAAGUACGCGUCACUUGGGGCCACCGUUGUUUGCUGGGACGUAAACCAGGAAGGAAACAAUGAAACAGUGAAUGAAAUUGAGCAGAUGGGCGGGACUAAGGCACAUGGUUACAAAUGCGACGUGUCAAAAAGAGAAGAGGUAUUUAGCAUAGCCGAGAAAGUGAGGGAGGAAGUCGGAGACGUAACGAUCUUGAUUAACAAUGCUGGCAUCAUGCCUUGCCAUGCUUUCCUGGAUCACACGCCCGAGGAUAUCAAGCGAAUAUUUGAUAUCAACGUAUUGGCACACUGUUGGACUGUACAAGCUUUCCUGCCCAGCAUGAUCCAAAGAAAUCAUGGGCACAUCGUAGCUCUCUCGUCGAUGGCUGGAUUCGUCGGUUUGGCCAACCUGGUUCCUUACUGCGCCUCAAAGUUUGCAGUAAGAGGCUUCAUGGAAGCUUUGAAAGAAGAAAUCCGAGCAUUAAAUAAAGAAAAGGUUUCGAACAUCAAUUUCACCACUAUCUACCCGUACAUGGUAGACACUGGACUCUGCUUGAAGCCGAAGAUCAGGUUCCCAAGCCUCAUGGCGAUGGUUUCACCGAAAGAGGCAGUUGCUAAAAUAGUACAGGCCCAGAGACGAAACAUCUCAGAGUUGUCCAUUCCCGCGUAUUGGAUCUAUGUGAAUGUUUUCUUGAGAUGUACUCCCGAAGCGAGCGCACGUAGCGUGGUAGACUUUUUCGACGCUACUCUCGAAGCGGAAACCAAGUGUUAACGAAUGUUUGAUAUUUCCGCAGCGAUACUCCUAAUUUAUAAAAGCGGAGUAAUUUUUUUUUUUUUUACCCUAUCUGUACUAUUUUGAAUUUGUUUAUACGCACAUGUAAUUAUUCUUCAUAAACUUGUAGAUAAUUUUACAUUAGGUAAGGAAAUAUCUUAAGGUAUCUAUAAUACCACUCACCGCUAUCGUUAAACACGGCCAAUUUUUUUUGUACGUUUCUUGUUGGUACCUUGAAAGAAAUUAAGCAUAAUAAAUGUAAAUUAGGAGUAUGUUAUAAUAUACGUCAAUUAAUAAUAAAUAAAUGUUUAGCCGUAAUCUAUGUAAUUUUACGUAUGUUAUAUCCUAUAAAGGUUCGGCUCUUAAUUCGGAUAAAAAUGGAUAAAACAACAAUGAAAAACUUUAUUUUACUCUAUUCAGAUCAAAAAACAAAUAUCAGUAACACUUAUAUAAAGAUUAUGUUAUACUAUG